CACACUGCAAAACCAAUUGGAGUAAAGAUAUAUUUUGUAAAUUUGCUUAAUUUACGAUGCACAAAAAAUCCGGUGAUGCACUGAAUCAAGGUUCUGGGAUAGCGCUCAGCUCGAGGAAGUGAUUACAUGAAGGGAAUCGACCCAGAACAGCGACAAUCCCAACGAAAACAAACAUCCACAGCAACAAGAAUACAUCAUCAUCACAAUAAAAAAAACCAUCAACCUGCUGUAGUCAGAAAUGUUUGCCCAAAACCAAAAGACCAGCUUCCUAGAGCAGACGAAGGCGGCUCGUGAGGAGCGGGCACUGGAGAAGCGUCGUGAACAUGCGGCCAUCCUGUUGCAGUCUACUCUAAAAGGAUACGCGGCGCGAAGAAAGUACCAUAAACGGAUCAUCCUCGAUUUCGAUGCAAUAUUUACUGAGAGUCAAAACGGCAAGGAUGCGGAACUGGAGCUUUUGGCCACCAAUGUAUAUCCGGUGCUUCGUCGCUACCUCACCCAAAUCAAGCUUGACAAGAACGAUUUGCGUUCGCGAGAGCGUCUGGAGCUCAUCUGUCGCUACAUAAUCAAGGCCAUGGAGGCAGAGAACACCAAACUAUCCUACGCCGCUUUAUGCCUUUUUAAGGAACGAAGCCUGCCGUGGAUCGCUCACAUUAAGGUUCUGCUCACCAACUGCCUCAUAUUGCUGCCUGAGCUCAAGCCAGAGAACCAUGCCGAUAGCCUUUCCCUUGCCCUCUUUCUGCAUACACUGGUGGUCUUUACAGCGCCGAAAUCCUGGGCAAUACUCAGGAGUGCCCAGUUUGAGAAGCUGCAGCCGGCCAUGCAAAAGAUCUGUUGCAACAUCCAGGGGCAUCUUGUGCAGAAUGACUUCUACAAGACCAUGCGGCUUGUUUUACUGCGUGGAACUGUGCGCGAGGAGUUGUCCGUGAAGUCCGUCACCCUGGUGGCUAUAAUCACGCUAUGCCUACGCCCGCUUAUAGAUGGCAACUUUAGUCGAAAUCUUUUGAGCAAGUUUCUUUCGGAGAUUCUGUCUGUGCCUGCUUUGAUUUACCAUCUGCACCAGAGUGUACCACAGUGCCUAGAGCAGUUCUCGUCCUUGGGGCUGCUGAAAAAGGCGUUAAGCAUCUCGGAGGACGCAGAGUGGUUCAAGGAGUUUGGCGCAAGCAUGCCGGGCACCAAGUCCCUUGCUCUUUUGGGAAACGUAGUUAAUUUGUUCAACAUUGAUGGUCAAGGAGAGUCCAAAGAGUUGGCAUAUCCUUUACUAGCUAAAACCGCCCUAUGGUUGCUGCAGCUAAUACCCAACACGGUGACCACAAAGGGAGUGUUCACUCAGUGGCACGAAUUGCUGGGUUGGUAUACUCCGGGUCCAGAGCCUGCCCAGAAUCAGAAUGUACCCCUAAUCAAGAAGCAGUUUCACAUGCUGUGGGAUCAUCGCUGUAUAAAACUGUUGCUUGGAGAUCUCUUGAAAGAAAUCAACCUUAACUACGAGCGCAUCGAGUUCCAGUCUCCCCAGCAGCCAUCCACAUCGAAUUUGUUACGUCGGGCAUUGGAACGCAGCUCUACGAGAGGGGUUAACCUAAUGGGAGUAACGAACAGCAAGCAAACUAAGCAUCAGUGGCGUAAAUUGGACAACGCGGAUGUUGUGCAAGUGUCCCGCGUUUGUGCCAUGUACUAUACAGCACUCGAUACCCUCUCUCAAAUGAAGUUGGACAUCCUGACUGGCAUCUGUUACAAUGAUAAUGUGCUGUACGAUAUUUGGCUGCUAAUAACGUCCCUGGGUCCUAAUUGCGGCAUGAAGGAGUACUUAGAACUCCUCAAGUCCAAUAUUAGCCUACAGCCACAGACAGCUAUGCUGAUGCUCUUUUGCGACUGCAUGACGCACUACGUCACGAUUCUUGAUGAAUACGAAAUGUACACGGAACAGAAUCCUUUUAAGCUGAACGAUUAUGUGAUGCUGACCUACUUCCUUAACAACAUACUCUACAAACUUAUUAAUGAUAAUGUCUUGGGUGCCAAGAAUAUUGCCCAGGAGCCGGUUUUCAUCUCGCUGCACACUCUCAUGCUCUGCUUGUACCGCCGCGACUGCCGCCGCCCGUUUACACCGACCAACCAUUGGCUCAUACCGGAGGUAAAGCCCUCCACGUUUAUUAACGACCUGGUGAAGGCCAAGCGAAACGCUAUGCUGCUACUGGUCAAGAUGCCGCACAUCAUACCACACGAGGAUCGCGUAAAAUUAUUCCGCAAAUUUGUGCAGAAUGAAAAGGCGGUAAUGGGUCUGACGGAAAGUGCCUGUGCUUCGCCUCGCUCAGCACUGAUUGUCAUCCAUCGCGAGCGGAUUGUGGAAGAUGGAUAUAGACAACUGGCCGCCCAGCCCACUCAGGCGUUGAAAGGUGUUAUACGGGUACGGUUUAUCAAUCAGCAAGGACUACACGAGGCGGGCAUUGAUCAGGAUGGUGUGUUUAAGGAAUUUCUGGAGGAGACCAUAAAAAAGGUGUUUGACCCAUCGUUGAAUCUCUUCAAGACCACCUCGGAUCAGCGUCUAUAUCCCUCGCCCAUCUCCUACGUCCAGGACAAUCAUCUGCAGCUUUUCGAGUUCGUUGGCCGCAUGUUGGGCAAGGCGGUUUACGAAGGCAUCGUAGUGGACGUGCCAUUCGCCUCCUUCUUUCUAUCCCAGUUGCUAGGCCAGACUCAGCAGGCGCUCUACUCCUGCAUGGACGAGCUACCAUCGCUUGACAACGAGUUGUAUCGCAGCUUAACCUUCAUCAAGCACUAUAAGCAAGAUGUGGCUGAUCUUAAUCUAACCUUUUCCGUUGACCAGGAUGUGAUGGGCAAAAUUGUUACUCAUGAAUUGCAUCCGGGUGGCAAGGCACGCGUUGUUAAUGACCACAACAAGUUGGUCUACAUUCACUACAUGGCUUUCUUCCACAUGAACACCCAGAUACGAGAACAGACGAUUGCUUUUAAUCGAGGCUUUCGCAGCAUUGUUAAUCCAGAAUGGUUAUCUUUGUUCUCACCUCCGGAGCUGCAGCGCCUUAUAUCUGGGGACACGGUGCCUUUGGACUUAAAAGAUCUGCGCAAGCAUACACAGUAUUAUGGUGGUUUUCAUGACUCGCAUCGCGUUGUUGGCUGGCUCUGGGACAUCCUAGCUAAGGAUUUCACAGAGGAUGAGCGCAAGCUGUUCUUAAAGUUCGUUACCAGCUGCUCUAAGCCCCCGCUUUUGGGUUUCGCCCACUUAGAGCCACCCUUCUCGAUUCGUUGUGUGGAGGUUGGUGAUGAUGAGGAUACGGGCGACACUAUAGGAAGUGUGAUUCGAGGUUUCUUCACUAUACGCAAAAAGGAUCCGCUCAACCGCCUGCCCACCUCUUCCACUUGCUUCAAUUUGCUGAAGCUACCCAACUACCAAAAGAAGUCCACGCUGCGGGACAAACUUCGCUACGCUGUGAGCAGCAAUACCGGAUUCGAGCUGUCCUAAUUCAGAGUGGAACUGUUUCUCAACUCCUUCGUUCUAUAUUCACAUUUUGUAUGUUAUUCUUUUUUAAGCAUUCUUUUGUAGCCAAAUUGGUGUAAAUGUAUUUUUAUUUUUUUUUUUGGCUUCAUCAGAAACGGAUUGAGAAACAUAUUUAAUGAAUCUUAAACACAAUUAUUAACAAAUAAAUAUAAACGUAUAGCUGUGAUAAAACUAUAAUAAACUAACGAAGAGUACACAACCAAUACUAAGCUGAAUUACGAAUACUGGAACGAACAAUCCAUUUUGGUAGCUGUUGAUAAAAAAGAAAAUGUCUAGUAAAUACGAAUGUGAACGAUUGUGGCAUGGCACACAACAAAUAUCUAACCCACGUACGGUGUAAGCCAAAAGUUACAUGUAAACCACGAAACAAAAAAGAAAAACCAGCAACAAUAAAUCUAUGUGUCUGAUUCAUGUGCAAAAUGUAA